GGCCAGGGUUGCUCCAAAUCGUACCAAAUUGAGAAAUGCUCAAGCGGCCAUCGCGUAGCCCAGGGUGCAUGCGAGAGGCCUGAAGCUGGGGACCAACACUAGCCAGUCUGUGCUCCACAAGAACGACUGCGGACGCAACAUGGACGGCGAGAUAAAUAUACUGUCAUCCCCGAGUGCCAGACUGAGCCUCUCUCCAUCCCACUGAUAACAAGACAUCCCGCUCCACUGCUUCUCCUUGCAUCCUCAUCCCUUCACCUGCAAAUGCUCCCCACAUCCAACAUCACCAUGCACAGACACGCUGCCUACCCAUAUGCCACCCCGGCGCCCACUACCACACGAUACUCGGGCACCUCCUCAGCCUUCUCUGCUUCGGCCAACCCCAACGAGGACUGGACCAAGAUUUCAGAUCUCGCUGAACGCAGGCGGAUACAGAACCGCAUUGCCCAGCGCAACUACCGCAAGAAGCUCAAGAAGAGGCUCGAAGACCUUGAGCGUCGUGCUGCCUCGAGCUCAGCUUCACCUGAGCAGAAGCCUGCCGAGCUGCAGCCACCACAGCGAUCCCCGCGCCAGGAGUUUCCCUCUCCGUCGUCUUCGGAAUCCUCCUACACCACCCCGCCUGCCGAGGAUCGGGGCAUGUUCUCGCAUCAGUACACGCGCCAGCUUUCCACCAGCCCACCUCCCUUCUCCGUAGCGUCAUAUUCGUCCGCCUACCCAGCGCCAGAUGCAGUCGCCUACUCAAUGCCCUACUCCACCUCGCCCUACCACACAAUACCCACCACCCUCACACCGGAGAUGCCAAGCUACACCUACUUACCGCCACCCCACUCGUCCUCCUACUCCACUGGCCUGCCCAGCCUGGUACCCAGCAUGAAGAACGAGUACUAUGGCGACGAAGAAAUGAGCCCUUUCGGUGUCGGCUACGCGGCCAUUUGCGGAAACGAGAUUCAACCACCACAUGCGUACGCAGAUUCAAAGACGCUGUCUUUCGACUACCCGACGACGCCCAACUCCAUGCCCCGAACACCUCCGCUGCCGCUUCUCUACACCAUGUGAGAAGGCGGCGGUAGUGCGCGGGCUAUGAUUUCUCUUCUCUCGAGACGCUGUCUCUUUCUUCUGUGUUUAUAGUUUCUUGUUUUGCAUUUCAGCGAUUGGUCGUGUUAGCAAAGGUCCCUCGUUUGACCAAGGAGAUUUGGAGUUUGGCGUUUCCCCAUCUCUUCACAGAGACUGUCCUAUCAUGACUGGGAUGAAGCUCACCAUGAUACGUAGCCCCAGUGCCAGUGCGAGCCUGUGGUUGGAUCAUACAGCAAUGAAUAUCCUUAUCCACUCUA